UGUAUCGUCAAAGUAAUUUAGAAAAUAGAUUAAAUCUAACCCUUCAUUUUCGAAAAAGUUCGAUAAGCGUUUGGAAAAAUUACAACAGUAUAGAAAAUGACCAACAGAUGGCAGUAUUGCAUUGUGCAGCUCUUUUAUGAAAAGAAAACCGAAGAAGACCACCAGCGGUGCCACUCGGCUAACCUGAUCAUGUUAUUGAUCAUUAUAUAGCUGUAGAUGGGGGAAGGAGCAUUUUUCAAAGAGCCACUUUGAUCCAAAACGGAACUGUAAAUAUGGCAAGCGACGAGGAGAGAGGGGUGGUUCGAGUCAAAGUCAAGAAGUGUGAUGGAGCACUUCCUGUGGAGUUUCGCUCCUUUGCUGUUGAUCCUCAAAUUACAUCAUUGGAAGUGUUGCAACAUAUUCUGAUCAAAGCUUUUGAUUUGAAUGGGAGGCGAAAUUUUGAGAUCAGUUACAUGUCUCGAGGUGUAAGCGUUGCAGAGAUGUACCUGUCUCUGACGUCUGAUGGGGAUUUGGAUGUUGCAUUUGCCAGUGCAGCCAAACCAUAUCUACAACUCAAGAUGGAUGUGAAACCUUCCGAAGACAGUCCUGUGAUGGAGGACUGGGACAUCAUCAGCCCCAAAGAUGUGAUUGGCUCUGAGCAGCUUCUUGCAGAGAGGACCAAGUCUUUGGCAUCUGCAGCACUUCCUUUUACCCAGUCUUUAAUGUCCCAGGUUGGCCGGACACUGACACGAGUCCAGCAGGCAUUCAGCUGGUCUUAUGGGGAGGAGAUCAAGCCUUUCAAACCGCCUCUGAGUGACACUGAGUUUCACAGUUACCUCAAUAGUCAAGGACAAUUGACACGACCAGAGGAGCUAAGGCUACGGAUUUACCAUGGCGGUGUUGAACCUUCACUGCGCAAGGUUGUUUGGCGGUAUCUCCUUAAUGUCUACCCAGACGGUCUAAGUGGCCAGGAACGUAUGGACUACAUGAAACGAAAGACGAGAGAGUAUGACCAGUUGAAGAAAGAAUGGACGGCGCACGUCAGUCACGAGGAUCUUGAAUUCAUCCGGGGAAAUGUACUGAAAGACGUUUUAAGGACGGACCGUGCUCAUCCCUACUACGCAGGCUCAGAAGACAGUCCACAUUUGACCGCUCUCACAGAUUUGCUUACUACCUUCGCCAUCACACACCCACAGAUCUCGUACUGUCAAGGAAUGAGUGAUAUUGCGUCGCCUAUACUCGCUGUGAUGGAUAAUGAAGCACAUGCCUUCAUUUGCUUUUGCGGAAUUAUGAAACGCUUGGAUGGGAAUUUCCGCCCCGAUGGACAACUUAUGUCUAUCAAGUUCCAUCAUCUAAAACUGCUCUUGCAGUACUCCGAUUAUGAAUUCUACUCUUAUCUGGUUUCCCGUGGCGCUGAUGACCUUUUCUUUUGUUACCGCUGGUUACUUCUGGAGCUGAAGCGAGAGUUUGCCUUUGAUGACGCGCUAAGGAUGCUUGAGGUGACUUGGAGUUCCCUACCCCCGGAUCCUCCUGAAACUGAAGUGGAGCUACUCGGACCACCGUUGCAGACGGAUCAAACACGUUUCGCUGACAGUCGCCCCGGACGUGACUGGGAAACAAAAGAGAAGCAACGUAGACAACAUAUGCUUCGACCAUCAAGAGAACAACCCGAUGUCGCUUGGAAUGCUGUCGCAGAAGAAUGUCCGAAAGUUGGACCUGGGAGUACAUCUCAAGCGGUUGUGGGCAAGGCAGAUUUUGUGACUCCUAUUGAGGAGACUUUUGGGGAGUUUAAGUAUUAUACUGCCCAGAAUGAAGAUGGCGUUGUUAUGAAGGCUUCUAAGCAGCAACAAGUUUUGACUGAUUCGCAGUCACGCAUUCCGAGACGUCAGUCCACCAUCGAUAGCGAGGAGGAUCCUGGAGAAAGAACGCCGCUUAUAAAAUGCUACAGCAAUGGCUUUUCACCAGGAUCAUCACCACCGCCAAUCUGCAACAGUGACGCUGCGUCUCAAUCAUCUUCAACCAUACCUUCCAGUUGGUCAGUUGCUACUCCCGACUCCACCCCACAAACGACAUUUGGUUUCGCAACCAGCGGAAGAGAGGCCUUAUCUAGAACAGUCCCAAAAGUCAUCACAUCUUCUGCACAACUGCUCAGGAGUACAGGGUUGAACUUGACGAACCCUUCGGUAAAAACGUGCGCCACAUCUCAUGGCCCUGCUCCAAAUCGCUCUUUCCUCUCGUCACCGAUUUUGCCUUUUGGAAGAGGUUCUUCGCAGCCCGGCUCCAGAUCAUCCUCCAACAACCCUUCUUCUCCUAGCAACAAGCCCUCAAGCACCACCGCCACUAACACUGACAGUUCCCCCAAACUGGAGAGCAGCAUCAAGCCAUGUUCUCUGCCACCUCCCCAAGAGUUUGGAAAAGGUAAUCCCUUCAUGCUUUUUUUGUGCUUGUCCAUCUUGCUGGAACAUCGGGACCACAUCAUCAAAAACAGCCUGGAUUACAACGAGCUCGCCAUGCACUUUGAUCGCCUCGUGCGCCGCCACAACCUGAGCAGAGUUCUGCAGCGGGCCAAGGCCUUAUUUGCAGACUACUUGCAGAGUGAAGUUUGGGACUCGGAAGAGGGGGAUGAGGUGAGCUCAGACUCUCCGAUGUCAGCCACCGCUGCUCAGUACUCCCCACCUUUAUCCAUCUCUGCUCGACCCUUUUAUAGCCCCUUAUCGUCUCCUCAGUCUUCAUCUCGGAACUCGACCUACAACCUGGCGAGCACCAUUCCCUCACCAACAGCUCAAGUGUCCUGAUUUGCACAAGUAUCCCAGACUUGACAUUUUCACUAACUUCUCACCAGUGGCGUGGACCAUUUUAUCAACUAUAUGAAUGAUUCCAGUACUGAUCGUAAACAUGUUACAUGUGUUGCCGCUGAUUAGAGGUAUGAAAGAAGUGAAAAGAGCUUUUCCUGCAUCCUUCAAAUUUGAUAAUGCAUGCACAGUCUUUUUUUUUUUUUUUUUAACAGUGUGGCUGAAUAAUCCAUUUGAGCUAUGUAAAGCAAAUCACCCAUUUAAGCCUCUUUUUUCGAUUGUAUUUAAAUUCAAGUGAUGCCUAGACAAAGAACAAAGGAAGAAAAACACCAAAAUCCUUUAAUAAACUAAUCAAACUAACCAUUAGACUAAGAAACAAAAAUGAGAACAGCUACCCCUACAAUCGCUUUUGAGAAAAUGACAAAUUUUUCAGCAAUGGUAAACGCCACUUUGUCUUCUGGCUGUCAUAUUGCCUCAAUUUAGCCUGUUUUAAACUCAUUCCCCCUAUUUAUUAUUUCUAUUUUUAGUCAGUGGGCUUUGACGUUGCUGUUUGAAGUGCUCAUGCAUAUGAAUGUGCAUACAAAAUGGUGUCCAUGAGUUCUUAUUUUCUUCCCCUGAGCUACAGAGAUGGCAAAGCCUGAGUGGGUCUAUGUCAACAAUUUUUAAGUGGCUAUUUUAUAUCAUAAGUAUGUUGCCUUUAUAAACUUACAAAGCCAGAGGAAAUUGUGCUUUUUAAUAUAAAAUCCUUCAACAAAUGGUCUGAGACGGGCUGUAAACUUUUUUUUAACAUUCAAAGCAAACUGUAAUGAUAUUUCCAGUCAACCUCCAGGGAAUUAUGACAUUAUCACAAUAUUUAUGAAUAAUCGACAACUAUGUAAUUAUAUGUUCCGGUAAAUAUUUCAAGAGAUGAAACAAUUUUGCACUUUUGCUGUUUAGUUGGAUUGAACAAAAGAACCUCUUUUAUGUGUCUCAAUGUGUUGAUGUACUGUAUAAUUUUUGAUGUCACGUCUUGACAGCUGCUUGACAGAGUCGCGGCUCUACAGCAACGUUUUCGCUGUUGUUUGCUUCUGUGAGAUUAUGGUUUGAACUGUAAAAAGCAUUUGAUGCUGCAUUAUUAGAGAAGUGCCUCGUUCUUGAGCGUCGGAAACCUUCAAAUAUGUUUUCAUCUGUGCUAGAAAUAUCUCUUGUUAUGAUGUAGAAACUGCUUCCCUUCUGAUUGAUGUAAUAAAUAACACAUGCUGUGUUUCAGCAGCAUUCUGGUGAACCGGUUAAGUUCCACGAACAAAUUAAGCCUGCCAAAAACUGCUGUUUGGGGCCAUUUAAUGCGGUGUGACUUGAGACUGAAACUACAAUCUCCUAAAUUACCAUCAAAAAGAAACAACACAAUUUAUUUCAGGAUUAUUAUAUUCCAUUCCGGUCAACUUGACUUGUAUCUGUCAAUGUAUACUCAGCUUCAACAAAGAAGGAUGUAUUAUGCGCUGUUGUAUCCUGGGGCUAUAAUAUUACUUGCUUUUUCUCAUCAAGAUAUACAGUACAAUACAACUUUAUUGAUAUGUGUAUGAACAUGUUGAGCUAACCCUGUUGUAUACAUUUAUACACAUAAAAUGGAAAAGUCCCUUAGUGACAUGUUAAGCGUCGCCUCUUAUCCUGUUGAUCGUCUGCCAGUUAUUUCCACUUUUGUUUGGUUUUGGAACGUAGAGCACAUGACACUGUAUGCCAAAAAGUUUGGGCUGUAUGCAUACACUUUUAAACUGUAUUGAAGUUGAAAAUAUGUACACAAUGUUGAGGUCUAAAGGGCCUUUUUACAACCAGUGAGCUACUUGAAUUAAUGCAUAUUUCAGAAGUGUGAUAUUUUUUUCAAUAUAUUUAAUUUGAGAGGCCUUUGUUUUGUCUAAUUUGAUUUUUUUUUUGUUAUUGUUACUACGCCAACAUUUGCGCUUGCCUUCCAACCCUUCAUGUAUGAUUAUCAUGUUCAAUAUUUUAAAGAGUACCUGACUGGACUGUGAGUCAGAGAUUUGUGCAUUUGUUUUAAAAAAAAGCAAUUACAGUACAGAAUUACAAAACAGUUAUACAUUUUAAUUAUACGUACAAAUGAUUGCAUAAUUGAUACAAAUAAAUACUGAAACUCA